AUGUCCUCGUCCGGUCUCUACAUCGUCAACGACUCAUUCUACUGCCACUCCACCACCUCAGAAAUGGCGGACCUGCAGUUCUUCUCCAAGAAGCCAUUCUCUCCCUUCUCGGACAUUGACCUCCUCCAACUCCAAGCAAUCUCCAACCAACAAACCUAUCAAAACGCAACUGACCAAAACUCUCCGUCUCUCAUCUCUUCUUCUUCCCCAAGUUACCAGCUCGAAACAUUAAAAUCUCAUCAAGCUUUUGAGCUUCACAGCUAUGGCGGCGCGGAGAAUGCGGCAAAGUUUAUGCAGAUGAGCUACAGCAGCAACUGCUUUGAUGGAAGUAAUAACAAGCCUGGUUUUUACUUCCAACCAAGCUUUGAUUCUCUCAUGGAGUCCCCAAGUUUUCAGAACCAAGCUUCGAGCUUGAGCUCUCCGGAAAGCAGCUUUUUGGACGGUCAAAUGAGAAGGGUUUCCAGCACUGUGGGUUGUUGGUUACUCUAUGUACAUGACGAGUAUGCAUGUCGAAAAAUACUAGCAGACAACCGACCCCGCACACGUGGCAGAUUUGCACGCAACGGCGAGACCGGCGAGAUUCUUAAAGCCGCAUGUUCAAGUACCAGAGAAGAAGACGAAGAUGAGCUCUGGGUUGAAGGGUUCAAUGUAGAAGAGGAAGAGAUGAAUGCAACAGUAGAAGGAGGAGGACAGUUUAUGAACAAUUUUGGAGCUACCCAGUUUCAGUACUAUGGAUUUUGA